AUGAAGCCCCUUACUGAUGACCAACUCGCUGCAUCGCACCGUUUAGUGCACUAUAUCCAACAUCACGGCAUUUGGCAGCACGGUGACCAAGGUCGCAAACUGCGCGUUGUUUUCAACGCGUCGAGCCCGACUUUCAGUGGCUAUAGCUUAAACGACGUGCUCCAUGCUGGUCCUCGGCUCCAGACAGCUCUCCCCAGUGAGCUCCUGCGUUGGCGUCGUCACCGGAUUGCGUUCUGUACUGACGUUCGCAUGAUGUUCCACCAGAUCCUGAUUGAUGAACGCGAUGUCGACCUGCAGCGCAUUCUGUGGAGCUCCAACCCAAAGCAGCCACCUACGUACUACCAACUUCUCACCGUUACCUACGGUGCCUCGUGCUCCCCGUACCUGUCACUACGGGUUGUACAGCAGCUGUGCGAGGAUGACGGCCGCCGCUGGCCCGAGGCCGUCCCGGUGGUGAUGAACGAUCGCUACGCUGAUGACGUCCUCUCCGGCGCUGAUGACAUCGGCUCGGCCAAGCGUCUGCGCGACCAGCUGAUCGGACUUCUUCAAGCGGGCGGUUUUCCUCUGCGAAAGUGGGUUGACAGCACGCCCGAGCUUCUCGAAGACCUUCCCGAAGACGUCCGCCUCCGUCCUACUUGGGAUCAGCUCAGUGUUGGAGGCCUCGUCAGCGAACUGGGCGUAGGCUGGGACCCGCCCUCGGAUUUCUUCCGUUCGACGCCGCCCGUUGUCGAAUCUCAAACCACGAAGAGAUCCAUGCUCGCCGCUCUCGCAGGCUUGUUCGAUCCGUGCGGCUGGCUUGCCCCGAUCGUGUUGAACGCCAAGCUUUUACUGCAAGACCUGUGGCGCGCGCGCUUGGACUGGGACGAGAACGUACCAUUCUCCAUGACUCGCCGCUGGACCGCCUUCACCGCCGAGCUGCAGGCCAUUUCCGAGUUUUCUCUGCCUCGUUGGAUUGGUAUGUCUCCGUCGUCGAAUGUCCAGCUGCACGUGUUUUCUGACGCCAGUCGCCGUGCUAUGGCCGCUGUUGUAUAUUCGUGGCUGCGGUCUUCAGAUGGGCCCGCUCUCUGCCACAUACUUCUCGCUCGUACUAAGCUUGCGCCCAUCCGCGCGCACAAGCCGAUGACCGAGCCAGCCAGUCGCAUGACCAUCCCACGUCUAGAAUUGCGAGGGGCCCUCAUCGCCGCCAAGCUUCUUCGCUCAGCAGCCAGCGAGUUGGGAGUCGCGAUCGAGCACUGCCACGCUCGGUGCGACUCUCAAAUUGUGCUCCACUGGAUACGCUCCGAUCAGCCGGCCAACAACGUGCUCGUCGACAACUACGUCGCUCAGAUCCAGGAGGUCUUGCCAUUCAGUGCCUGGCGAUACCUGCCGUCGCAAUCGAAUCCGGCCGACUUAGCCACCAGAAGUGCCGACAUGAGUGGCCUCCGACAGCAGCCCCUGUGGUGGAGAGGCCCCACGUGGCUGGCCCAGGAUGACAAGUCUUGGCCCCAGGAGACACUGCCUCCGCCCACGCCCACGCUCUCACUCUGCUGCGCCUUCCGCGCGCCGGAAUCGGACCUGCUGCAGCUCUUCUCGUGCUUGCGCGCCGUACUGGGCCUCCUCGUGCGCGUUCGCCGAUGGGUGCGACACCGCUUGCAGCGCAUGCCCACCCGUUCUGUGCUUUCGCCGUUGAGGCCGUCUGAGGUUCAGGACGCUUUCCUUGCUAAGUCAAUGCUAACCGGUUAA